GCAUGUGAAAAGUAUACAGAUCAUCAUAAAGCCACGCAAAUUUUAUCAAUCUUAUUUGAAAGCUUAUCAACGGAACUUCUGUCUCCAUUUAUUCAACACUGCAUUGAACAAAAAGAACAACCAAAUAUUGAAAAUUUAUACAAAUACGUUCCUAAUCAAAAUUCAAAUUACAUCUUCUUAUUUAAAUGUAACUUCACUUAUCUUUUGGCUUGGAAAAAUUUCAAAAAAGGAAUGAGAAGAGGGAAUUUCAAAAUUAUGAAAAUGGCACUUGACAAACUAACAAAUCUUUUCCAUGGUUUAAACAUGACAAUCUAUAUGGACCAAUGGUUUAAAUUCGAAAACAUCCUGUUAAAAGCACCGCCCGAGAUUAAAUCAUUCAUUGAAGAAAACAUAUGUUUAUCACAGUCUGGACAUCCAAGUAAAGCCGAGGGCGGUGACUUCAUACUUGAGUCAACUAAUAAAAGGAUCAAGUCUUAUAUGCCAUAUGGUGUUCCCACUGAUGAGAGAUGGACAAGAGUUUGCCUCAAUAUUGAUAAUAUUGAAAAGAUGAAAAAGGCGGUGACUAGAUCUACGUGUAUAGAUACUGAUAAUGAUGAAGCACCAAACAGAUAUUUCAGGUAUUUAUCGGUAUUGAUUACAAAUCUACUUCAAUAUAUUCCUCAGUUUUGUUAGCAUAUUAUGCAAAUAUGAUAUUUACUUUACUUUUUGUGACAUUUCAUAUAAUAAUAAAUAUCAUUUUAUUUGUAACUGUUUCAGACAUUCAAAGACCCUGAUGCUGUCUCUGAGUUUUCAAAGAAGAUGCGAGCGUACUUGAGAACCCAAGGACCUCACACAACAAUGGACGGCAAACUGCUGGAUGAAAAUCUUUUAGAUUUUGAGGACAAAUGUCAGGAAAACAAAAUAAAAUAUUAUGAAAACUAUCCAGACAUUUUGAGGUAAAUGAUAUAUUACGAAAAUAACUUGAUUUGUUUCAGCAGCUAAACAAAUAUAUGAUAAAACAUUCUUGUCUGUUUUUACAGGAAAUGUGAACGCAUUUUCAUUACCCCUGAAGACAGAGUGGCACAUUUCGAUGUUUCAAAUAAAAGCAAAUCUGAAAUACAGAAGAUGG